AUGAGUGUUGUUAGCAUUACAAAUAUCAAAGUGCUUAAUAACCCAACUUUAUUUAAAGAAGAAUAUCGAUUUGAAAUUACUUUUGAGUGUAUUUCAAACUUAUCAGACGAUUUAGAAUGGAAGAUUAUUUAUGUUGGUUCUUCAGAAAGUGAUCAAUACGAUCAAGUUCUUGAUAGCAUUAUGGUAGGACCUGUUCCUAUGGGAAUCAAUCAAUUUAUAUUCCAGGCACCAGCGCCUAACCCUGAUCGUAUACCACCAAACGAAAUCUUGGAUGUUACUGUGAUUAUAAUCACAUGUUCUUAUAAAGAUCAAGAAUUUGUUCGUGUGGGAUAUUAUGUAAAUAAUGAAUAUAGUGAAGAAGAGUUGAGAGAAAAUCCACCAUCAAUUGUAGUACUAGACAAAUUAUAUCGAAAUAUCUUGGCGGAUAAACCUAGAGUAACGAGGAGACCUAUUAAAUGGUAA